AUGAAAAGCGGGGGCGCGUCCGCGCGCCUCCUCUUCUUCUUUCUCCUCUCCGUGCUUGCUUUUGCACUUCUCAGAAAGUCUGCUGGAGUCCACCACCGUCAGCAGGCGGGACAGGAAGGAGCCUUGACCGCCCGAAAACCUCCUCCUUUAUUCGUCUUGCUUUCGCGGUUGUCCCUCCCUUUCCUUCCUUCCUCUUCGACGCGUGCUUCCUCGCCUGCGUCAGCGUCUUUUCUCUCUUUGUUUAGCUUCUACACGGCGUCUUCACACUCUCCGUUCUCGCGGGCUCGCUCGAAGGCCCUCCACUCCGAUACCCCAGCUGCGAGGCGUGCCGCAAGCGACCUGCGUCAGCGCAGGCGGCGCGGAGCGCAGGCGUCCAGCGGCUCUGACUCCCCUGUCUCUUUUUGCGCCUCCUUUCUUGCGUCGCCUCUGUCAUCCACUGCGACAUUGCUCGCGUCUUUGGCCGCCCGCCUCCGUUCUCGUUUCUCUCGCUUCGUCUCUGAAGCCCGCUGCAUUCUCUGUAAGGGUCGCGCGCUCGCCUCGCUGGAAAACGGUGAGGCGGCCUGUGAAGCGCCCCAAGCCUGUCAGGAUGUUCAACGGGUCCUUUUUCCUUCGGUUGGGUCGCUUCUCUCUCUCCCUGGAUUUUCGCUACCCGGGCCGAGGCUCCUGCUGCCAGUCUCUGCACUACCGGCCUUCUCUUCGUCUGCGCUCUCGACCCUGCCGUCGUCUCUUUCUCUCAAGUCAUCUUCGCCUUCCCUCGCGGCGGUUUCCGACCCUCUCUCCUCGCCGUCGGCUGGGGUCACGCAUGGGCUUCCACGCAGGACGCGCAGCUGCAAGGCGAGGCGCUCUCGACUCGGCGACUCCGCGGCUUUCUUUCGCGCGUCGGUCUCAGCUUGCGAGUCCCAAUCUUUGUCGCCUCCGCGGCCUCUUUCAUAUCUUCCGAAUACCUCGCCUCAGCCGUUGUCUUCCCUGCCCUCCUGGCGCCCGCGCCUGUCAUCGCACGCGCCUCCUCCUUCAUCGCGAGGCUUGUUUUUCUUGCACUACCCGCUCGCCUCUGUGCCUGUGUGUCUCCGCUCUGCGUCGGUGACCUGCGAGUUUAGAGGGCGGCAGGGAAGAGACACGUUCGUAUUUUCAGUCUCGGCCGUCGCGGCGGCGGAAUCGAACAGACGCCCCUCUCCUCGGCUACAUGGGGAGCGGAAGACAUGCACGCCGCCGGUGGCGUCGUCAUCAGAGCUCCAUUUCUCUUCUUCAUCUUCCGCGUUUCUGCCUUCAUCCCUGCGGCGCCGGGCUGCGCUGCGUGCGGGGGGCUGGACGCCGAAGGCACGGGGCGACUGUGGCGCAGCUGACAGGCGGCCUGCAGGUGCUCAUCCGGUGAUUACGAAUCGGGGGCUCUCCUAUCGUCUGGUAUGUCUGUCGCGCCGCCUUCUCUUCCUCGUCUCGCCUUCGCUAUCGCCUCGCCCUCAGUGUCGCUCGCGACGUGCGUCCUCUGCCUGUCGCGCCUCUGCUGCGGCGCCCGCGCGCCCGCUGCUUAGCUCUGUGCGAGAGGCUUCUUCCUGCGUCUCGGCGUCGCCUUUAUUUCCGCUCUCGUCUGCAGGCCACGGCGUCUCUUCGCUGGCGGCUGGCGCUGCCCACGCGGCCGUCGGCGAGGGAGCAGCGCGCGGCAGAGUGAAGUCGCGCAGAGUCCUCAAGGACGGAGACGCGGCGGGAACUCCACAGGGCAAAGGAGGAGACGAAGGCGACGCAGGCCGACCCUGCAGGGCCGUACGGCAAGGCGAAGGUGCGCGAUCCGGCCGCAGACGAACAGGAGCUCAGCCGGAGGCUGCCUCAAGCGGCGAAGAGACAGAGGAGGCCACUGGGGCAGGCGAGCUGAGCGCCGAAGACAGUUCGUCGCGGUCGCCAACCUCCAGCUCGCCGGAGCGAGGAGGGGGGCACCCGAGCGUGGGCGGCGGCGACUGGGCGCGUGUUGGGGCGGCAGGCGCUUCGUCGCCUCGGCGUGCGACGCGUGAGGAGGAGAGCGCCAGGGGAAGCGCGUCUGGCGAUAACGUGGAGCCGCCAGAUGCGCCUGCACAGAGUGGCGUGCCCGUCCGGCUCUCACUGCGGGAAGUUGGAAGACGGUUCAGGCGCGCCGCGCUACAGGAGAUGCAGAGAUCGCAGCUCACGCAUGGCUGUUUUCCCGUCGAGGCCGUUCUUCAACAUCCCGAGCUUCUCAAUGGCAUGCCAUUCCGGCGCCUGGGGGGUGUGCCGCCGCUGCGGCCGCAGGGGGCGUCUGCCCCCGGGAGCCAAGGCGACAGCAGCCGCGGGGCUGAAAGGCGAACGAGUGAAGCCAGAGAGGGCGAGAAGAAAGACGCCGCGCGCGUCGCAGGGAGGGAACCCCGCGGCGAACGCGGAGAGCCCUCCAGCUGCGCGGGCGGGCGCGGUAUGCUGGUCAGCGGUCUGUGCCUCGGGACAAGCAUGUUUGGAUCGCCGGCGAUGAUCGACGAUGCGGACGCGCGCGAGAUGCUUCACUGCGCCUACGGAGAAUACGGAAUCAAUUUCUUCGACGUCGGCGAACUGGAUCCAAUUCCGAUGGCGCCCGCGACGCACGGCCGCGGCCACGUCGAGGUGCUGCGCCCCUUUCUGCGUUCGCAUCUCGCGCGCGCGGCGAGUGAAGCGGCCUGCGGAACUUCCGCGUCUUCGCUGGCGGCGGAGAUGCGCAGGAUUCGGAUCUCCGCGCGCAUUCUGAGUGGAGGCUACUCGGGUUUUCGCGAAGAGCGCGAGGCGCUGAAGCGGGCGAUGCGCGACGAGGAGGCGCGGAUGGGCGCUGCGGGCGCCCUGGGCGCCUCGCGCUGGGCGUGGGGCGAGCACAACCCCGACGCGGUCGAAGCGGACGGCUCCGCGCGGAAGCCGCCGACUGGCGAGGCCGGCGACGACGUGUGGAGCCGAGAGCGCGGCUGGUGGGCGCGCAAGGAUCGCGCUGAGCGCCGAAUGAACAGCGCGCACAUCGAGGAAGCUGUCGACGACCUUCUGCUGCGCCUAGGAGUGGACGCCGUGGAUCUCCUGCAGCUCGACACGCCGCAUCGCUACGUGCCCAGACACGAGCUGGGCGAAGACACCUACUGCUGGGGUCUGGAACGCGAGGACGAAGUGACCAUAGAGCAGCAGCUCACGAUUCUGCAGCGACUCAUCGACAAAGGAAAGGUUUUGCACAUCGGCCUGAGCAACGAGACGCCUUGGGGCGUCUAUAAGUGGUUUUCGGCUGCGGAGCAGAUGGGGCUGUCGCGCGUCGUCAGCGUGCAGUGUCUCUAUAACGUGAUGCAUCGCAACGAGUUCGAGUCUGCCGGAAUGCCGGAAAUGCUGUGGAACCUGAACGUCCCACUACUCGCGUACGGCGUCCUCGCGGGGGGCAUUCUGACUGGAAAGUACCUUGACCCUGAGCGGUUCAAUCCGCGGGGUCCGGACGAGCGGCUCGGGCAGGACGAGUGGGACGGGGCCGUGGCGACGUAUCGGACGAAGCUGCCGGAGGACAGCGGCUACCUGUCCUUCGGCGCGGCGAACAGCCGCUGCAACAAAUGGAGAGACACCUUCCUCCCUCACCGCUCUGUCUGGGCGCAGUGGCACAUGGGCGAGCUGCUCAAAGCCGCGCGGCAGUUCGGACUUUCGGCUGCGCAGCUCGCGCUCAGCUGGGUUUACUCGCGGCCGUUCCUCGGAAGCGCCAUCAUUGGACCGCGGACGAUUGGUCAACUGCGGGACUCGGUGCGCUCCCUGAACUACCCGCUGCCGCCAGCCCUCGAAGCGUUCCUCCACGAGCUCUUUCUGCGGUUCCGCGCGCCCACAAUGGGCGGCCCUCACGCGGGGACGGUCUUGGAGGACCUCGAGCACGACCAGCUCAUCUCGCAGUCUGAGUUUCUCCGCUGGGGGCGGCAGCCGAUUUGGAGUGGAGGCACCUACUGGCCGCACUGGCCUCAGCCGCUCGUGGCGGACAAGGUGGACUACCUGCGCAAGCGCGAAGAGCUCAUCGAGCUCCGCGCCGCUGCAGCAGACACCGACGAUCCCUCGGACGAGGGCGCCUUCAACGUUCGUCUCUGGAAGGAGAUGCUUGAGGACGGCAGGCCGGGCGAAUACUUUGCGGUGAAGGAGCAGAAAUUGUUCGGCUGGGAUGAGAAGAAAUUCGCGGACAUGAACUGGCGAAACCUCACUCGCAGCGAGCAGGAGAGCCAGGACCACUCCGACUUCCACUUCGUCUGGCGGGGCGACAAGAUUUAUCGCGAAAACACCACAGAGGCGAUGCGCAAGUUUUACACCAACAAAAAAGCGAUCUGCGACGUCAUGCACAGGAAUAUUCAGCAGUUCCAAGAUUUGUACGACAACAUGGAACGAACGCCUGGCCUCUGGUGCAGCAUGUGGAAUGAGUGGGACUACGAUCUGAUUGACAAGCGCCUUCGCGAGCGGCACGGUAUCGACAUCCUCGAUAAAAAGGUUUGGAAGGCCGUAGCGGACAUUCCUGACAAGAAGAAGCGCCGGCGGCUGGAGUUCACCGAGCCCUUUUGGUAUUGGGAAGACUCGGGUCAACCCGACAUGCCCUGGGAGCACGCCACCGGCGAAGACGUCGCCGACGGGGGUCCGCAGCCCUAA